GCCAUCUCUCACGUAUUGCGUUUCAGGCAACCAAUUCCCAAUUAUCUCAGCGGCUGGAGACAUGACUGUUGUCGCGGCAAGGCGAGCCAUAAGGCAACGUUAGUUCUUUUAUCCUCGAAGGUGGCUAACAUGUGGGUCAUUCCCCGUCCGCUCUGAAGCUUGAUAUAAACUUAAAUGAUCCCUCCCGACAUUGGGGUUCCCGGGAUCAUAAAUUAUAAUGUCGCAUUCUAUUUCUUCUAUUUCUCGUGAGGGGAGACCUGCCUUAUUUCCUUAUCGCGAGCUGGGAUCACGAUCUGGCUCACGAUCUGGCUCACAAAAAGCGCAUUGCGAUGAGGACGACAUCAAAUUGGAACAAAUCAGACAAGAGGGUUCGCCCAUAAUAGAUUCGCAAGACAUCUCGGGCCCAACAGGGCAUCAACAAGGAGGCGCUAGAUGGGUACUCCCGGCCCUUAUUCUAUCUCUUUAUCUAGUGGCUUUCUUAUCAGCACUCGGGCAUCUAUUCUUCUUUUGCCAUCUGGACGGCCGCCGCGUAGACGUUGACACGAAUAUCCCCCAAAGCUUCGUUGCGCCAAUCUCAUUUGCAUUUGCCCUGCUCUUUCAAACGGCAUUGCGCGGAUGCUUACACCUUUCCUACUCUCAGCACUUGUGGCUCAUAGUUCGCUCGUCUGCCCAUAGUGUCCAGGACAUCGAUCGUUUGCAUCGGCUACGCGAUAAUUUGUUCGCUCUGCUGAGCUUUCGAGACCUCUCCACCUCUCCGUUAUUAUUCCUUCUAGCUUCGCUUUACUGGCUAACACCAAUCCCUGUAAUCUUCCCUUCUGGCGCUGUCGUCGUGACAGGCCGCACGUUUAACGAACCCGCUUCUCUUUCGGUGCCCACAUUUAACUCGACAUUUUUGGGAAAUGGGUCAAAUGCCGAUGUCAUACGGCAUUCGUUAGUCCCCAACAUUCCGCUUACUGAAGACACCCUCAAUCGGGAUAUUCGAGCUCAAAACAAGCUUCUCAACUCCGCUACUAUCUCUCUCAUUUCAGACGACAUCUUCAGCGCGCCGUCUACAUGUGGAUCUAACUGCACAUACAAGAUUGAAUUCGACGGCCCGUUCGCGCAAUGCGACAAGACCGUCUUCAACUCCACUGAAGACGGGAACGAACUACUCUCGAAGCUAUUCAUUCAAAGAGGAGAUGCAGAUGAGCCAGAUCUUGUCUUCUACAACGGCAUGUGGUUCGGUUCCGCCAACGGUUGGGCAGCAAACAAGUCGACCAUCUUUCGCUUCGAUACCGUUUCCCCGUUCGCAUAUUCUGUAAAUUCUUCGAACGGGACGGAGUUCUGGCAAUUCGAGGUCACAAGACAGGAUUUUAAGUAUACUAGGGAUACCCCCGAAUACGGCAUUUCGACGAAGUUUGUGGACUGUGUCGAGGACUUCUGGCACCCGGUCAAUACCUCCGACGUUGAUCUGAACGCACCGUUCGUUGCUUCGCCAGAGAACCUCGACGACUUACGGGCAGAGAAUUUGAUAGUCCUGAUCGAUUCACUUGUAACUCCGCUUACGGGAUCUGUCAUCUGCAUCCUCGACCCACCUUCCGGACCGACGAUAACACUUCGCAACGUCACAACCCCAACCGGUGAGAAUCUAGAAACCGCCCAGGCCCGUGUACAAAAUUGCGGCGUGGAAUUCAACAGCACCAACAAUCUCAUCCAACAAACGCAAUUCAACACCAACCGCGAAAAGCAAAACUCUACCGUCUCAGACAUCCAGAUCUCGGAGGACAUGCUCAACAAUGCCCUUGUGAAUAUCACGCUCUCCGCCAUGAACCGCUUAAAUCAGUACAGCACACGUGCUGAUGUCAUGCAGCAGGUGUUUCAGAAUGUUUUUGACUUUGAGAAUAAGCUGAGGCUUAUUUUGCCGUACUUCUUGACUUUUGGUGUCGCGUUGCCGUUUAUGGUUGUUGGGUUGGUUAGUUUGUCGAAGAAUGGGGGGCCGGCGCCGGAUGAGGGAUUCCUGGGAACAAUCGUUGGAACUGCGGGUAGUGGGAAGCUUGGGGGAGCGGCGGAAAGGGUGUUCUAUGGUUUUGGGGCUCGUGAGGGCGUGGCGGAACGACGAUUGAAGGAUUUGCGGAUUCAGUAUGGGGGGUUGGACGGGGGAAAUGGGAGAUUAAGACCUGCGUAUGGGGCUGAGGAUGAGGUUCAGCCGUUGAUGAGAAGACCGUAG